UUUCUCCCUCCCAGAAGCCUUCAGUCUGUAACAACAUGGCGGCGCCCGGUUGGCACGUAGGGCAUUACAUCCAGAGAAACAGCCGGUUUUUGCUUAAUAACUUCGAGCAGUUAUGGAGUCACAGGGGUUUUGGUUGGACUGCAGCCCUGCGACAACAAGUUGCAGAAGCUAAUAAAGAAUCGACAGAGACUAUUGUCAUCCCCAGGAAGAAAACAUGGAGCAAAGAGGCCGUGCUGGAGGCUCUGGCUUCAACUGUCAGCAGGGAUCCUACAGCAUAUCCCUACCAGUUCCAGGAUGAUCCUUACCUCUCUCCCAGGACCUCUGCUGAGUUUAAGCUGUACUCUCUCUCUCAGGAGUCUGGCAUGUCUGCAGCCAAAUACUUUGUCAACAGCAAUCCCAAGUUCUUCACCAAAGACUUUGCAGAACCACAUAUACCAUGUCUGAUGCCAGAGACGGUGUCGCUGCGUCUUGAGGAGGUGAGUGAGGAGGCACUGAAGGAGCGAAUCAGCUUAAGGAAAGUUACAGCUGCUGUUGACAUGUACGAUCAACUACUGCAAGCUGGCACGGCAGUCUCUAUGGAAACGACCCAUGAGCUGUUAGACCUGAUCUGUCUCUACUGUGACAGAGACCCUGUCCAGGAGGGAGGACCGCAGACGGAGGACGCGGAGGGGUCAGGAGAGGAGGUGAAGAGAAGGAAAGGGAGGGUGCGUCGCGCGUCAGACUUCCUGAAGUUCACCUGGAGAGAAAACAACAACGCAGAGAGAAUCUUUAACCUGCUGCCAGAGAGGGACACUCGCUCUGACUCUGCUCUGAUCAGAGGCAUGGUGAAGCAUGGAGCUUACGCAAAGGCCUUCAGCAUGUACACAGACAUGCUGAACAACAGACAGACCGCUGAUGUCCACAUCUUCAACGCUCUGAUCUCAGCAGCUCCAGAUGUCCGAGAUAAAUACAACGAGAGAUGGGACGUGAUCGCUGAGCUGCUGAACCAGAUGCGUCAACAGAAAGUUCAGCCCAACCUGCUGACCUUCAACAGUGUUCUGAAAGCCCUGAGACGCUGUGGCUCUUUGGCCAGAACCCAAGCUCUGCACACUCUGAACGAGAUGAAGGCUGUUGGAAUAGCUCCCAGCCUGGCCUCCUUCGACCACGUCCUUGCGGUCUUUUUCAAAGCAGCCACCUCCGGCCACGGCAACACUGACAUUUUACAGGAAGUGAUGUCAGAGCUGGCAGGAACCAGCUUCACCUGCCAGGACCCUGAUGAUGUUCUAUUCUUCUCCAGCGCAAUGAGAAUAUGUUUGGAUUGCAAAGAUCUGGAGCUGGGAUAUAAGGUCCACAGUCUAACAGAAGUGGGGGAGAACUGGAGGCUUCUGGGAGAUUCCUACCAACAGAGUAUUUACUACGGUCGCUUCUUCAACCUGCUGUGUAUGAUGGAGCACAUUGACGUGGUGUUGAAGUGGUACAGACGGCUCAUUCCCUCGUUGUACUACCCAAACCCCCAAGGUCUGAGGGACCUGCUGCAGUCGCUAGACACGGACAGUCGCCUGGACUUGCUGCCCACUAUAUGGAAAGAUAUCCGUUCUCUGGGUCAUGAUAAUAAGUCUGAUCUGGUGGGGGAGCUGCUCACCCUGAUGGCCAGAGACAGACACAGUCCUGAGAUUCAGGAGGCCUUUGCAGCAUGUGCUCUGGAUAUUAAGCGUGUGUUUGAUGGAGACAGAGGGAGGCCCAGUCUGGAGUGGAGCACCUCCUCCCUCUCACACAUCACUUCCUUGCUGCUGCGAGCCAACAAGACCCAACAGGCCUGGGAGAUGCUGCAGCUCUUCAAAUCCAAGAACAGAGUACCUGCCGAGGGGCUGAUAGAGGACUUCCUGUUGGUGUGUCUCAACAAUGGCUCUCCGCAAAGGGCAGUGGAGCUGGUUCAGCUGUCUGCAGCCUUCUGUCUGAACGCAACACCGAGACUGGCGAAGCGAACGUUGGCUGAGUUUGAUCUGACUGAGGAACAAAGAUCCGUAUUAUCUGAACUGGAGUCUGCAGGAGAGCCCUCUGACUGAUACAACAAUCUGGCAAAUCCAUAGAGAGUGUACUUGUUCCCAUAUCUGUGUAAUAAAAAUGUAUGUCACAUAACUAAAAUCUAAA